AUGCGGUCCUACAGCUUCGUAGCGGCUGUCCCUCUUCUACAAGUUGUGUCUGCCUCCCCUAUUACUCACCUUCCUAUCUCCCGAAGCAAGGUCGUUGCGAGACAUAUCGUCGAUGGUAGACAGAUUGCUCAUGGUUCAGGGCUUGAAUCUGCUCAUACUCUGGCCAGCUCGACAAUCUAUCUAGAAGAUUCGGAGGGCCUUGCUCUCGUGAGCUCCCAAAAUUUUACUACCGUCAUCGUUGAAAGUACUUCCGGCUCGAAGACUUCUACAUUGAUCGCCGCUUGGGGCUCUCAACCUAUCUACUCUCUCGGUCCAAGCGCAGGUUACAUUCUCGGUAUUCCCGAAUAUAUUUACGCUCCUUUCGCCUUCCCGGACGUUGACGCCUCCAAAUUACCUCUUCAAGUCUGUACUUUUGUGUACCCCGAACCGUCGAGCUUCAGUACCAACUUCACUAUAUCCGAACGAGAUUCUUUUGUCGUUGACACGUUUGCUAGUCAGCUGAAUCUCGGUGACGCUAUUACUGAAUUCUGCGUUCGAGUUGGUCAGGCUCCUUCUUCGACCUCGGCCGCUUCCGGUGGGUCUCAGCCUUCCAAUGCGCCAGCAUCUGGCAGCGGAAGCGGUGAUGGAAGCAGCACCAAUUCUGUGCCUAAUGUUCCAUCCGUGGGACCCUCUGCGAGCCCAGCCCCAGUCUCCAGUCAAGGGAACACCGGAAGCAACACCGACGGCCAUGGAGCUAGCAGCGCAAUCGCGCCUUCUUCUGUUCGAUCGUCUGAUGGACCCGUAGCUUCCGCAUCACAAGCUCCUGCUACCAGUACACCCGUGAUUGCGCCUGUGCCAACGUCUUUGUCUUCAUCUGCCGUACAACCCUCAUCUGGUACAGCGCCCCUAGCCUCUUCCAUACAGAGCUCUGCGUCAGCUGGAACCUCAUCGACCAGUGAUUCUGUAUCGGCCAUUUUAUCCUCUUUGAUCACUAAUUCCUUUUCCGCUUCUUCUUCAACCCUGGGCAAUGUUUCAUCCAGCACUGUUGCUUCUGUCGCUCCAUCUACUUCUUCACUCGCAGUAGUGCCAUCGGCUUCAGGCAUCUCGUCCACUUCCUCUGCGUCUGCAAUUGUAACAGUUUCGUCGUCAUCCGCUUCCGUCGCCUCAACGAUGAGUGCAACUUCAGCCUCAAGCUCGAUCUCGGCCUCAGUAUUGGUGAACGCCUCAACUUCAGCUUCAUCUGUUGCCCCUUCCGUCUCCGCCAGUGCUACUUCAGCUGGCCCCAACCCAGCCUACCAGACCACUGUCUCCUUCGCUGGUAAGACCUACAUUAACAAAGGUCUCGUCGGCUUCGGUGCCAUAGAAGGCGAUGCUGUAGACUCUUACGGCGAGACGAUUGGUUCAUUGGGUUCAGCUGUCCACCUUCAAUCUUUCCAGCGAGACGCGAAUGGUUCCUUCUCUGGUGUCAUGGUAACUCAACCUGAUAGAGGUCAUAACACCGAUACCACUACCGAUUACAUCUCUCGACGACACUUGAUCUCGUUCAAGCUUAAUCCUUACUAUGGUAAUACCUCUCUCGAAUACGAAGCUGCCAAGUCAAGCUUCCCGCUCAAGUACGAAAGUACUGUUAGAUACUUCGAAGCAGAUAAAACCCCUACCACCGGUCUUGAUCCAACAACAUUCAGAAACGGAUCCAUCCCGCAGCCUAUAGCAAGUCAGUCAUACAAUCACAUCUCCAGCGAUCCUGAAGGCCUUGUCAUCCUAGCGGAUGGAUCGUCAUGGGUAUCAGAUGAAUACGGACCAUAUAUUUGGAAAUAUUCCGCUGAAGGUAUCUUGCUUGACACCAUCGUUCCUCCUAAAGCUGUAUUACCUUACAAGAAUGGCACGCUAUACUUCUCUACUGAGAAUAAAGACGGUCCUGACACCGGACGUGUCCCAAACCAAGGCUUCGAGGGUCUCACCGUUAGUCCCGAUGGCAACACCCUUUAUGCCUUUAUGCAAUCCGGUUUAACGCAAGAUCUUGACUCCAACGACGAGGGUAGAUACGCUAGAAUGUUCAUCUAUGAUAUUUCUGGCUCGCCAAAUUUGAAACAUUCAUAUGUUGUCAAACUCCCAGUCACAAAUGGUAAAGGAAAAACUCUCGCUCAAUCGGAUGUCCUUUACCUUUCUGAAGAUGCCUUGAUGCUGCUCUCGCGAGAUGGUAAAGGUAACGGAAACGAUGACAGUGAAUCGAAACACAAGGAUUUCAUGCUUUUCAACUUUGACGGUGCCACAGAUCUGGUCAACACCGAAUACACCGAUGGCGUUAAGCCAGUAUCCCCUAAAGGGGUUCUUGAUUCAAGCAUCGUCGCUGCGGAACCUAUUGAAUUCAUCGAUAUUAUUGACGAAAUACAACUGAAGCGAUUCGGACUGCACAACGCUGGUGAUUUCGAUGUCAGCUUGAUCAAUGGUAAAUGGGAAUCAGCCGCUAUCGCGUCCGUCCAAGAUCCCGAGUACCCCAAUGACUACUUCCUAUUCUCCUUCUCCGAUAACGAUUUCAUCACCACUAACGGUUUCGAAGCCGGUGAGAAAUAUGUUGAUGGUUAUGGAAGUACCUUGGACAACCAAGCAUUGGUUUGGCGAAUCACCCUUCCCUAG